UCGGGCUCCUCCUUCUCGGCCACCGUUAGGCUGCGCUUCGCGGCAGCAAGAUGGCGGCGCAGCAGCAGGACGGUGAGGGUGGUGCGCAGCCGGCGGGGCCCGCGGCGGAGGCCGACCCACUGGCCCGCUUUACGUGUCCCGUGUGCUUGGAGGUGUACGAGAAGCCGGUGCGGGUGCUCUGCGGACACGUCUUUUGCUCUGCAUGCCUGCAGGAAUGUCUGAAGCCGAAGAAGCCUGUCUGUGGGGUAUGUCGCAGCCCUCUGGCACCUGGCGAACGAGCCGUGGAGCUUGAGCGGCAGAUUGAGAGCACAGAGACUUCUUGCCAUGGCUGCCGUAAAAAUUUCUUCCUAUCUAAGAUCCGGGCCCACGUGGCUACCUGUUCCAAAUACCAGAAUUACAUCAUGGAAGGUGUGAAGGCCACCACCAAGGAUGUGUCCCUUCAGCCAAGGAAUGUCCCAAACCGUUACACCUUUCCUUGCCCUUACUGUCCCGAGAAGAACUUUGAUCAAGAAGGACUUGUGGAACACUGCAAGUUAUUCCAUAGCAUGGACACCAAAUCUGUGGUUUGUCCAAUAUGCGCUUCAAUGCCCUGGGGAGACCCCAACUACCGCAGCACCAACUUCAUCGAGCACAUCCAGCGGCGGCACCAGUUUUCUUACGACACCUUUGUGGAUUACGAUGUUGAUGAAGAGGACAUGAUGAAUCAGGUGUUGCAACGCUCCAUCAUCGAUCAGUGAGCAAGGCUUCUACUGUCCGUCUUGAGUUCCAGAGCUUCCAUUACAUGUUAUGUGUGAAAUCUUAAACAUACAACAGACCUGGCAGUGGUGUUAGGACAGGGUCACUUCUAAUAGGGAAGCAGGUUCCCAGGUCAGAGCCCUCCUUUCCUUUGGGCUCUUCCCCUACAGUUUACCCGGUUUGUCACAUCUUGUCCUUGAUUGCUCCUCGGCUACUUCCUGGGGUUUCUGCUGCUGCUUUCCGACGAAAACCCAGCCUCUCCACCUGUCCUUGUUUCACUCUUGUUCCUCUCACCCCGCAUUCCUCUCUCAGGUCCUCCAAGCCAGCCAGGACCUUCUGUGGGUCAUGAAUAGCACAAAUGAGAUAAGUGUCUCCUCUCCUCGUCCUGAGGUGUGUGAGCUCUGGCAGUAGUGCAUCUGAUCACUGGUGGGACUCCUGUGCUGAGCAAGUUCCUGUUCGUUGGUCCUUGCACCAGCUGCCAGAGCUGGCGUUACCUCCCAGGAAACCUUUUAAAAGUCCUGCUGGGGUGAAUGUUCUGGGUUGAGCAUGGUCUGAUGCUGGAAGUUUUGAUUAGUGAUAUUUUGCUGCCACUCCUGCACACCCUUAGAAUGUACUGGUUCAGUCUUAAAUGCCUGCAUGGUGCCUUUUUAGGAUAAGGUGGAACCACAUGUCUUUAGUGGAAAUAAGUGUUUCUAGGUUAGAAACUUAGGUUAAACUCCAUUUCUCCAUAAGUAGGGAGGAGGGUCGGCUGAGAGAGACAGGAGGACCAUAGCUCUUGGCUUAUGAUUUUCAGACUAAUAAGGUAUUUUCAAAUGACUGGUCAUGUUUACUUUUCUAUUUGGGACCCUGCUUACAUUCUUGUCCUUGAGGUACAAGAAGGAGUCCUCAAGUGAAUAAGGAAGACGAGGUUUGGAGCCUGAGUGGAUACUAGUUCCUUUUUCUUUGGUUAAAACUUAGAUUAACCUGAGCAUUGCUUUCCUAUCAGCGGGAGGUGAUAGGAAAUCUGAUACCACAGCCUACCGUCUCUUCUGACAAGACACUGGUCAAAGGCACAACAUCUCCUGUGAGCAGUUGUUCAUGGAAACUGUCUCCGGGAAACUUGCUUUGGUAGCAGCUCAAGAAGCUUGAAGUUCAGCAUGUUUCAGGACAUUAACAAACACAAGGCUAAGAGCUGGCAGUCAGAUCCACGGGGCAGAACCUCUGAUCGACCAAAGGGCAUCAUGAUCUAUGUUUGCGUUUUCAUGUCAGAUCUCUCUAGUCUGAUAUGAAAAUUUCUUCUGGUCAGUGACUGAGGUUGCAAGUGACAGGGCUUUGGGCCUGUGCCCUGCUGCCAGGGGCCUCUCCUUACCUGCCAGUAAGAACUUGGAUGCCUAGUAACCAGCAAAGACAGGGCCCUUUGGGGCAAAGUAGUCUUUUCUAUUGUGCUGUUGCUUGGGAGGCCCAUAUGUUAAGCUCAGCUUCUUCACUGUAGUUUUUGGAAAGAGAUCACUCAGACCUCCCUCAGUUGAGAUCAUCUCGGUCUAAGUUUGAAGGGAAAUUUGAGUAAAACCUUCAUUUGAGGGAACUGAAGAGAACGUGUCCAUCUCACUGGUGGUACUAAGAAACUGCUUUCCUUGUAUUAAGUGCACUUCAUGUAUUUCUAAUAAGAUGAUUUUCCAGAAAGUGAAAUUUGUUACGUUCUGGCUUUUAAAAGGCAAAAUAUAAAUAAAUUUCAUAAUUUAUCCAACCGG